AUGGCAGCUCCCCUUAUUGUUAAAGCCAAGAUCAAGUUAAGGGAGCUCGGAACAAAAGGGCUUCAGUGGAACAAUCUCGUCAGCAGCGACGACCGUGAUUGGUGGGAAGAAUGGUUUAGCGUCCUACAGCAGCUCAACGACAUCGACAUUCCACGCUGUUUAUUCCCAGAUGAAGAGAAUAUCACCCGAUCGGAACUCCACGCAUUUGGAGACGCAUCGGAAGAAGCGUACGCUGCAGUUAUCUACAUUCGGAAUGUGUACUCUGAUGGUCGAGUACUAGUACGACACGUGCGGGCGUCAACAAAAUUGGCACCGAAAAGAAGCAUUUCCGUGCCAAAGUUGGAGUUAAAUGCUGCUCUGCAAGCAGCCCGUCUCGCACGCUCAGUGAUCGGAGCAUUCACAAGGAUUCCGCACCGUCGGUAUUUCUGGACCGACAGCAGCAACGUAAGAAAUUGGAUUCGAGCAACCGCGUCCAAAUAUCAGAUGUUUGUCAGUCAUCGGGUUGGAGAAAUCCAAACACUGACUCAACCAGACGAAUGGCGUUUUGUGCCGGGCAAGAUGAACACAGCCGAUAUCGCAACUCGUUCAGCCAUUGAAGAGGAAGCCCUUCCAUCGCGCUGGUGGGACGGACCGAAAUUCCUACAAGACGACGAAGAAACAUGGCCAGCAGAUUUGUCAUGGAUUGCCGUGGUUGAAGAGAUACGGCCGGUGCGAUCACAUCAAGCCACCGUUACUACUUCAACGUUCGAUUGGGUAAGUGUCAAGAUCGGUGUAGAAGACAUUCCGGACUUAGUAAGACUGGAAAAGGUGUUCUACGAUCUCGUAAAAAGAUGUCAAUCGGAGGUGUAUAGCGAAGAAAUUCGUCGUUUGAAGAAAGGAAAAUGGCUUCAGCCUAACUCAAGUUUACUCUCUCUUUGUCCCGUUCUCGGAAAGGAUGGACUUUUGAGACUAGGAGGACGAGCCGGGCGAGCUAAGUUGCCCUAUGAAGAAUUGCACCCGCCAUUGCUGCCUGCGCAGCAUAGUUUUACGAAGACUAUCGUUCGAGCGUUCCACGUAUUGCUUAAGCACGUUGGAACAGACUACCAGAUCAGCUACAUAAGGCAGCAUUUCUGGAUACCAGGAGGCCGGGAAUUAGUCAAAAGGAUUAGAUACGAGUGUGAAAAGUGCAAACGAGAACGUGCCAAGCCAGGCGAACAACUUAUGGCUGAACUACCGGAUUCGCGUCUAGAAUCUGGCUCAGCUCCAUUCACUCGAACAGCCUGUGAUCUGUUUGUGCCAUUGGAAGUAGGACUUUCGCGAAAUCGCACAGCAAAGCGAUGGGCCGUUUUGUACACCUGUCUCGUUACCCGUGCCGUCUAUGUGGAUCUCGUGAACUCACUCUCAUCAGACGAUUUCCUUCUUAGCCUUCGGCGUUUUAUCGGACUUUACGGCAAACCUCGCGUCAUGCAUUCCGACAACGGCACAAACUUUGUCGGUCCUGAACACGAGCUGAAAGAAGAAGCCGAAAAACUGUAUGCCGAUGAGAAAGUAGCCGAGUUCAUGAAUUUGAAAAGGAUUGACUGGAGAUUCCAGCCACCCAGAACACCACAUUUUGGUGGAACGCACGAGUCGCUUGUAAGAUCGGCAAAAAAGGCGCUUUAUACCGCUCUUGACUUGGAGAGUAAGAAGCUACGACAUCCAGCGGAAGACACACUCCGCACUCUCCUAUAUGAAGUAGCCGGUUUAUUAAAUGGUCGUCCCCUCACUGCAGCCAGUACAGAUCCGAAUGACUUCCGUCCGUUAACUCCUAACGAUUUUCUAAACCGUCCGAGUUCGGCCGACCCACCAGCUGGACAUUCGACGACGCACUGCCCCGUGAGCAUUAUAGGUACGUCCAGAGAAUGGCCAAUCUAUUCUGGGAUCUUUGGAAGAAAGUUUAUCUCCAGUCACUUGCCGGAAGAAAGAAGUGGAAAUCCCCUCUGCCCAACUUUAAAGUCGGGGAUGUUGUGUUGGAGAUCGACAAGAGCCUACGACGCGGACAAUGGAAUAUCGGCAGGAUUGCGAAGGUAUUCCCAGGGCCAGACGGCCUAG